AUGGCCAAGUCCUUUCCCGAGGUGCAGCCCGGGGGCAGCUUGAUCCUCGCAUGGCAAGUCAAGGACAAGAAGGUCCUCGUCGUCGGCGGCGGUGAAGUUGCCGCCGGCCGGGUUCUACACUGCCUCAACGCCGAUGCGAGAGUGACGGUCGUCUGUCCGGCUUCUGGCCUCAACGAUGAGGUUGCGCACCGAGUGUCGGAGCGGCAGGUGACGCACAUCGACCGGGUGUUUGAGCCGUCAGACCUCGACGGAGCAGACAUGGUGCUGGUCGCCGUCGACGACGCCGCGGCAUCGACAGCCAUCUGGAAGCUGUGCAAGGAGAGGAGGAUCCCGGCCAACAUCGCCGACGUGCCGGCGGAAUGCGACUUUUACUUUGGCAGCAUCCACCGCGACGGGCCGCUGCAGAUCAUGGUCAGCACCAACGGCAAGGGCCCGCGACUCGCGGCAACCAUUCGGCGUUUCAUCGCGGGCCAGCUGCCCAAGAACGCGGGGAACGCAAUCGAAUCCCUCGGCGAGCUGCGAACGAGACUGCGAAAGAUGGCGCCCAAGGCCGAGGAUGGUCCGAAGCGGAUGCGUUGGAUGUCCAAGGUCAGCGACUCGUACACGUGGGAGGACAUGUGCAGCUUCACGCCGGAAGACAUGGAGAACCUGCUGCUCUUCUAUCCCGCCAACAAGGUUCCGACGGUCGACAUUCUGAUGGCUUUGCGGGGAGGCACGGAGAUGAAGAAGCUCGACGUAUUCGACGGCUCCUUUGGAUUUUGCGUUGGGUCAUAG